AUGCGGAUUGAUCUCUACCAAACAUCACGGGAGCGCGAUGCCUACGACGAACAGGCUAACCUGUACUCCAUCAUCCUCGCGACGGAACACUUGGAACGCGCGUACGCCCGGGACGCCGUCACGCAAAAGGAGUACAGUCACGAGUGCAAAAAGCUUCUUUCCCAAUUCCGCUUGGCCGAACGCGCCGUGUCGUCCGAAAUGAACACGGAAACGUUCAUGACGUUGUAUCAGAUGGACUGUCCGCGAGCGAAAGAGCGACUGUUGAUUCAGGGCGUUCCGGAACCCAUGAAGGGUGGGUCUGACGAAGCGAGUCACGCGGUUACUGUAGCCGAGACAGUGCAGCACUUUAUAACGACCAUGGAUGCCGUCAAAUUGGAACAACGGGCUGUUGAUGAGCUCCAACCGUUGUUGUCGGAUCUGUUGGAUGCCUUGACUCGAGUCCCAGAUACGCCUAACGAUUUUGAACCAAACCAUAGGAUACAAAAAUGGUUACAAAAGUUGAAUGGAAUGCGGGCCGUAGACGAGAUUGAUGAAGAUGACUCUCGACAACUCUAUCACGAUCUGGACGCGGCGUAUACCGAAUUCACCAGAUACCUCAAGAGAUCGUAG